AUGGCUCUGCAGCUGGGCUUCAGGGCAGCAAAAAAUUUCAAGCGCCUGGCUUGCGGCACAAGCCAUCUGCGGCUGAAGUCUAAUCUUCCCGAGAACUGGGAUGGUGGCGUAGGCAAGGGCGGGGGCGCUGGUGGAAGCAUCCGCGAGGCCGGAGGCAGCUUCGGCAAGAUGGAGAGGGCUCGCGAGGAAGAGUACUUCCGCCGAACGCAAAAAGCACAGUUCAAGAUGCUUCAGGACCACAUCCGUAAAGAGAUCAUUCAACGCGAGCAGCUCAUCGAGGCGCUGCAGACACAGAUCGACAGGAACAAGAAGAUCGUCGAAGAGCUUAAGCAGCAGCAGCAGCGCCCCGAGUGAGCCGCUUCACAACCACCUGCGAUUGGUGAACCUGAAGAGCUCCCGGAUCACCGCUG